AUGAACAUUUUCCGUGUUGAAGAGUUAAAGGAAGCAACCGAUAAUUUUGCGGAAAGUAAAGUAAUUGGGAAGGGAGGCAACGGUACUGUGUACAAGGGAACUCUAAAAGAUAACCGUUUUGUCGCAAUCAAGAAAUCCCAGAAAGUAGAUGAAGGACAACGGGAGGAAUUUAUAAAUGAAAUGGUGAUUCUCACGCAGAUUAAUCACACAAACGUGGUGCAACUAAUAGGAUUUUGUUUGGAAACUGAAGUCCCAUUGCUAGCUUAUGAAUAUGUCUCAAACAAUACCCUUCAUUACCACAUCCAUAAUAGAAAAAAUGGUACAAGGAGAUUGCCUUGGGAUACUUGUCUAAGGAUAGCGCAUGAAUCUGCUGGGGCACUCGCUUAUCUUCACACAGAUGCUAGAAUGUCCAUCAUACAUAGAGAUGUUAAGUCUACUAACAUCUUGUUGGAUGAAAAGUUCACCGCAAAAAUUGCAGAUUUUGGUGCUUCAAGGCUCGUUCCAUUAGGUCAUGAUGAAGUCGUUACCCUGGUUCAAGGAACGUUCGGAUACUUAGACCCCGAAUAUUUUCAUACAGGCCAAUUAACGGAUAGAAGUGAUGUCUAUAGCUUUGGUGUGGUUCUUGCAGAACUCUUAACAGGGCAACAACCUCUCAAUAUGGAGAGAUGUCCAAAGGAACGAAAUCUCGCAACAUACUUCUUGAACGUAGUGAAGGAAAAUAACUUUCUGGAUAUCCUUGAACAAGGUGUAGUAAAGGAGGCACCCUAUGAGCAACUUAAAGCAAUAAGCGAUCUUGUAUGUAGGUGCCUUAACCAAGUGGGUGGGAAUAGACCUAGCAUGAAAGAAGUAACUAUGGAGCUUGACACUAUGAGAAAGUCGGGGAAGCAUACUAAUUGGGUUAAUGAAGACAAUUACGAAGAUAACAACGCUCUUACGAUUAAAAUGGAACCAAUCAACUUUUAUACUAUUCCGCUAAUGCAUAUGAGUGAUACUUCCGGGGACACUUCUAUCAGUAGUGAAAUUGAAGACAUGAUGCUUUCAUCACGAAGUGCUCGUUAA